ACUUACCGUUCCAAACAUCACAAAGAAAUCUCCGCAGUCCAAAAGAGUUUGGGAGAAAAAUCUCAUAAAAAUCCUACGGAAUUCCCACAACCACAACUCCGGUUUUCAGCAAUCCAACACAAAUAUAUCUAGACCUGUAGACAAAUCUCGAGGUCAGUAAUGGAGAGCUUGCAGAGAUCUGCUAUAUCGUUCCGGCGACAAGGCUCGUCGGGAUACGUAUGGGACGACAAAUUCCUCGCCGACCAGUUUAAUAAGGUCGCGAACGAGCGGAAGGAGGAGAGCAGCAGCACCGCCACCACCACCACCACCACGGAGGAGAAUAAAGAGGAUCCAAUUCCAAUAGCCACCGCCGCGAAGAAAUCGCCACCGCCGCCUGCUGGAUUGGCGAUCGAUAGGAGCCGAUCCAACGGCGGAAGGGGAUUCCGUACCGGAAAGGUUUCUCCGGCGGUGGAACCGCCUUCGCCUAGGGUUUCGGCGUUCGGAUGCUGCGGUGCUUUCGGGAAACGCGAGAAGACGCGCCGCCGGCCUCCGAAGUCCGGUAAGCGCGUGAUGUGAGGAUUCCUUGAUGAUGAGGUUUUGAAUCGAGAAAAUUGAAUUGAUCUUGCUGUUGUCUUUCUGCUAUUUCCUCGUGGAUUUGAUCCUUAGGUAGCUUAUAGAUCCUCUUUCUUUUUGAGUAAUUUAUGUGUGGAUCUUAGAAAUCAGUGGAAAUUCUUGAUGCUUUUGUGUAUACUUGGGGAAAUAUUGUGGAGAUUUAAGCAUCUUUUAAUAAAAAAAAUACACGAGAUUUGAGAUUUGAAUAA